AUGCGAGCGAUCGUGAUAGGACUUUUAUUACUUGUCUUAGUGCACGCGGACGAGGGUGCCACUUCGAGUACUGUGAAAAGCGACCCGUUGUACAAAGAAUACAAAGAAGCGAUUAAACAAGUUGAUGUCGAAGCGAGGAAGGAAGAUUCGCCAAAGAAAGAGAAAAUGACCGAGAAGAAGCGUGCGCAAAUGGUGAAGAACGCGAAGCGUUUGGCCAGGAAGUUGAAAAAGAUCCAAGCCAAGGUAGCAGCGGUUAAAUUACAAAAAAAGAUGGAGAAACUGUAUCGUCAAUCGAUGAAACAAAUCAAGAAAAAUUCAAACGUGAAACAAAUUGCAAGAGAGCUGAACAAACAACUUUCUGCUGUUGCUGGGAAGAAUAAGAAGGCACAGAAACAAUUGAAGAAGCUGAUUAAACGUUUCGACGUCGUCUCGAAGAUAAAGGUUGCCAAGAUUGUCAAACACCUCCAAAACAAACUCGUGAAACAAGAGCAGAAGAAAAGCUCACUCAAAAUCGGCCCAUCCGAGAAGAAACUUGCCAAGAAGGCAAUUAAGUACGUCAAACUCGCGAACGAGCGUAUGGGUAAGUGCGAGAAAUACAUUGAGCUCGCGUGUAAGGCGUCACCUAAACAUUGUGCGUUUUUCAAGAAGUCGUUCAUUGUGGCAAAACCGAUUGUCGUUUAA